GCGGGGGGCGGGGCGAGCGAGGGAAGCCCGCCGGCGCGGGCCGGCGGUCGCGGCCUGAUGACGUCGCACAAUGGCCGGCCCCCGCGGGUAGUGGAGCCCGUUUGUUCCGCCCGCGUCGCGCCCCUGGCCGGAGCCUGCGAGGAGCGGAAGGGCCGCGGCGCGUCUUCUCGGCGUCCCCCGAGCCCCGGAGCCGCGGCCUCGUCCCCGCCCUCGCGCUGAGAACGGUGGGCACCGAUGGACGUGGCCGAGAGCCCCGACCGGGACCCGCGCUCACCAGAGGACGAGGAGGAGCAGCCGGCUCUGUCGGAUGAUGACAUUCUGCGGGAGAGCGGGUCGGAGCAGGACGCGGAUGGAGCCGGAGGGCGGGCUUCGGAGCUGGAGGAGGAGGAGGAGAGCCGCUCCGAGGAGGAGGAGCAGGAGCAGAGCGGGGGCCCCGGGAGCCCCCCGCGCGCGCAGGAGGGGGACCCCGGGGAGGAGGACCGCGCCAGCGACCUGAGGGACGAGGCCUCCUCGGUCACACGGGAGCUAGACGAGCACGAGCUGGACUAUGACGAGGAGGUCCCCGAGGAGCCGGCGCCCGUGGUGCAGGAGGAGGAGGCCGAGGACAAGGGGGACAGUGCUCCCGGGGAGCAGGGCCCGGCCGCAGCCCCGGACACCGCUGAGCAGGAGCCUGCAGAGGCGGGGAAGGAGAAGAAGAAGGAGGACGACGAUGGCGAGAUCGACGAUGGCGAGAUUGACGAUGACGACCUGGAGGAGGGGGAGGUGAAGGACCCCAGCGACAGGAAGGUGAGGCCUCGCCCCACCUGCCGCUUCUUCAUGAAAGAUGUUGGGCCACCGUUGUCCACUCUCCUCCCACCAAUACCAAAUUCCAUCCCACUCAGAGGCCAGGUGACAGGGAACUGCACCUGGGGCAUGAACUGCCGGUUCAUCCACCCCGGCGUCAACGACAAAGGCAACUAUUCCCUCAUCAGCAAGGCCGAGCCCUUCCCACCGAACGGCGCCCCGCCUCUGGGACCUCACCCGCUGAUGCCCACCAACCCCUGGGGUGGGCCAGUGGUUGAUGAGAUUUUGCCUCCGCCCCCUCCAGAACCUCCGACAGAGAGUGCCUGGGAGCGAGGACUCCGGCAUGCAAAGGAGGUCUUGAAAAAAGCCACAAUCCGGAAGGAGCAGGAGCCGGAUUUUGAGGAGAAGAGGCUCACGGUGACCAUCGGGGAGGACGACCGAGGCUUCGACAAGGAGAACGAGGCUGUCCGCGACUGGGCCUGCCGGCUCUCGAGGGACACCCGCGACCCCGUGCUCGAGCCAUACGCGGAUCCCUAUUACGACUACGAGGUGGAGCGGUUCUGGCGUGGCGGCCAGUACGAGAACUUCAGGGUGCAGUACACGGAGGCAGAGCCCUACCACACCUACCGGGAACGAGAGCGGGAACGCGAGCGAGACACCCGCCAGCGGGAGCGCGAGCGGGAACGGGAGCGCGAGCGGGAGCGGGAGCGGCGCCAGCGGGAGCGCGAGCGCGAGCGGGAGCGUGACCAGGAGCGGCAGCGGAGGAAGGAGGAGUGGGAGCGGGAGCGCGCCAAGCGGGACGGGAAGGACCGGCAGCACCGCGACCGCGACCGCGACAAGGAGCGGGAGAAGGAGAAGGAGAAGCCCAAGCCCCGCUCCCCACAGCCCCCCAGCCGCCAAGCAGAGCCACCAAAGAAGGAAGCCACAUCCACGGGGCCACAGGUGAAGCGGGCGGACGAGUGGAAGGACCCCUGGCGCCGGUCCAAGUCUCCCAAGAAGAAGCUCGGGGUGUCGGUCUCCCCGAGCCGGGCACGGAGGCGUCGGAAAACCUCAGCCUCGUCGGCCUCCGCCUCCAACUCCUCCAGGUCUUCGUCGAGGUCCUCAUCCUACUCGGGCUCCGGCUCGUCCCGCUCCCGCUCCUCGUCCUACAGCUCCUACUCCAGCCGCUCCUCCCGCCGCAGCUCCUUCUCGGGCAGCCGCUCCAGGUCCCGGUCCUUCUCCUCGUCCCCAUCCCCGUCCCCAACGCCUUCCCCACACCGACCUGUCAGAACCAAGGGAGACCUGGCGCCCCCUCCCGGGAAAGCAGGAGAUAAGUCCGUGAAGAAACCAGCCCCGCCUCCAGCACCGCCGCAGGCCCCCAAAACCACCGCUCCUGCCCCAGAGCCCACCAAGCCCGGGGACCCUCGGGCAGCCCGGAGAAAGGAGCGGCAGGCCCGGAGCCCCCCGCGGAGGCGGACCAUCAGCGGCAGCGGCAGUAGCUACAGCGGCUCCAGUUCCCGAUCCAGGUCCCUGAGUGUCAGCAGUGUGUCCUCGGCGUCCAGCGGCACGUCCAGCAGCAGCUCAGCGCAUAGCGUGGACUCUGACGACAUGUACGCAGACCUGGCCAGCCCCGUGUCCUCGGCCAGCUCGCGCUCCGCCACCGCAGCCCAGCCCAGGAAGGACAAAGGGAAGUCUAAGAAGGAAGACGGGGCGAAGGAGGACAAGCGGAAACGGGACCCGUCCUCACAGGCGUCCAAGUCCUCGCGGCCAGGGGCCAGCAGCCGGCCCUCCCAGCAGCCCGCUGCCCCCCAGCACACACCCCCUGGGCAGCCCCAGCAAAGCGCCUUCGUGGCACACAAGGAGAUCAAGUUGACGCUUCUGAAUAAGGCCACUGAGAAGGGGAGCAGGAAGCGCUACGAGACUUCGGACAAAGACAGGCAGAGCCCUCCUGCCAAGCGGGCCAACGUCUCCCCGGAGCGAGGCUCUCGGGACCGGAAGUCCAGCGGGAGACCCGGCUCCCCGAAGCCAGAGCGGCAGAGGGGCCAGAACUCCAAGGCCGCCCCGGCCCCGGCUGACAGGAAGCGUCAGCUGUCGCCUCAAUCCAAGAGUUCCAGCAAAGUCACCAGCGUGCCCGGCAAAGCCUCGGAGGGCGGCACUGCGGCCGGCGGCCCCAAGGGUGGCAAGGCCAGCACGCUGUCGCGGCGCGAGGAGCUGCUGAAACAGCUCAAGGCCGUCGAGGACGCCAUCGCGCGCAAGCGGGCCAAGAUCCCCGGGAAGGUGUAGCCCCGCGCGGCUCGGAGCGGGUGAGCGCAGCCAUCGGGAUUUGCGAUUAAUGUCGUAUUUGGCUGUGAUUCUUUUUAAAAAUUAAAAAAGACAAAAAAGUUUCUCAGCUGGAAAAGAAGCCCCAGGUGACGAUGGUGCCGUGGCCGGCGGCCUGCAGCCCCCUCCGCUGCCGGACCCCGGGGCCUGCCCUGCUCGUGGCCUUGUCUGAGCCCCCAAGCGCUUCCCGAGCUCCUGGCAGCUCCUUUCCUCGCCGACCCAGGAUCAAACGGAUGUAUAUUCUUGACUCAAGUCUGAUUGGGACACACUUCUUGUCUUUUACUUUAAGCAUCAAAUUGUUUUAGUUGAUCUAAACAGGAAAAAAUUGCAGGGGGGAUCAAAGGCGGGGGACGCUGUGGGCGCCACGCCUCGUCUUU